AGAUCAAAUUUUGGUUCCAUUGAAGUGGCAAUGGGUGUCGAACGGAGGUGGGUUUGUGCCGCCUCGCUAUGCGUUUUGGCGACGGGCUUUCACUUCGUCUACGCCGCCCAAUCUCCCGAAGGUUUCAUUAGUAUCGACUGCGGCGGAUUCGAAGAUAUGGUAAAUGAAUGGGAUGGGUUGGUUUAUAAAACAGACAAAGACAUGAUAGGAUCUGGAAUGAGCAACCAAAUAUUAGCAGAAUAUCGUCCACGUUGGGGACCUAUAUACUGGAGCUUAAGAAGCUUUCCAAAUGGCACAAGGAACUGCUACCGUCUAAAAACAGAGGCACCCAAAAUGACUAAAUAUCUCAUCAGAGCUUCCUUUGUGUAUGGCAAUUAUGAUGGCUUAAACUCCACCCCCAUUUUUGACCUUCACCUCGGCGUCAAUUUGUGGGGAACAGUGAAGCUUGACAGCCAAUGUAUGGAGGCUAUUACCCUCCCUGAUCCUUCCUCGGAUUACAUCGACGUCUGUUUGGUUAACACAAAUUCUGGAGUUCCCUACAUUUCCGCUUUGAUAUUACGACCUCUCGACGUCUCUCUUUAUCGACUUGAUCCCAUUGACACUGCAAAAUUCUUGGUCCUUUAUAACCGAUUCGAUGUUGGAGGCACCAACCAAAUCACAUACCCAAAAGAUGUGUAUGAUCGGAUCUGGAGUGGUUACAAUUGCCAAAACAAUACGAGCUUAGUGACCACAAAUGCUGUAAUUGCUGGGAGCAAUAAUACUAAUGAUAACGAUGAUGAUCCAUACAAGUUGCCAAUGUUGAUGUUACAGACGGCAUGUCGUGCCAACGGUUCAAGUUUUCCACUUGGAUUAGGGACAGCCUAUAGAAGUUAUAGAUUAUAUGUUUGCUUUCAUUUUGCGGAGAUCGAGAAGCAUGAAGCCGGGAAGUUUCGGGAUAUGAAGAUUGUGCUCAACGAUGUCCAAACCAUCACACAGUCCAUUCAACUCCAAUAUCUCAAACCACACACAGUUUGCACAAAAGGCUUAGAUGUGAAUCACGGCCAGCAGGUUAAAUUUUCCAUUUCUGCUACAUCCAUCUCUAGCCUCCCUCCCAUCCUCAACGGGUACGAGAUUUUGUACGCCAUGGACACUCCAAAUCCACUUACCUUCUUGCAAGAUCUGAAGGCAAUAAGUGAUAUCAAGCAACAUUACAAGCUUAGUAGAAAUUGGGAAGGUGAUCCUUGUAGCCCACCAGAGUUCUCAUGGAAAGGUUUGAAUUGCAACAAUGUCCAACCAUGGGCAAGAAUCAUUUCACUUAACCUGAGCAGAAGCAACUUAACUGGAGAUAUCCCAUCCACCUUCUCCAUGCUCACUGCCAUCAACUAUUUAGAUCUAUCCUACAAUGAGUUGGAAGGGGCAGUACCAGAAUUCUUGGUGCUAUUGCCACAGCUGCGACUUCUAAAUUUAAGUGGGAAUAAACUCACCGGCGUCGUACCUGACACUCUUCUUCAAAAGUCUAAGGAUGGAACCUUAAUUUUAAGUAUGGAAGGCAAUCCAGGACUCUGUUGGUCACCUCCAUGCAACCAGAAAAAAGAGUUGGAAAUUCCUAUUCUUUUCUCUGUUAUAGCGGCCCUUGUCUUUGUUGUAAUCCUACUGGGAGUCACUAUAAUCUGUACAAGAAAACCCAAAGAGAACUCGAUCGAAUCAAAACAAGAGGAUCCACUAAAAUUGAAGGGUAGACAGUAUAGCUACGAAGAGGUUGUGGGUAUUACUGAAAACUUUGGGGUGGUUCUUGGAGAAGGAGGAUUUGGGAAAGUUUAUCUUGGUUCUCUGAAGGAUCAAACUACAGUUGCAGUGAAGAUGCUUUCAGCAACGUCACAACAAGGCAAUAAAGAAUUUCGAAUAGAGGCACAACUUCUGAUGGUUCUUCAUCAUCGCAACUUGGUUUGCCUACUUGGAUACUGUGAUGAAGGUCAACACAAGGCGCUCAUUUAUGAAUAUAUGGCCAAUGGAAGUUUACAGCAACACUUAAAAAACCAAAAUACAAAUUCAAACACCGAUACUCUUAGUUGGAUUGGAAGACUUCAAAUUGCAGUGGAUGUAUCACAGGGAUUGGAGUAUCUACACAAUGGUUGCAAACCUCCAAUUAUCCAUAGAGAUUUAAAACCUGCAAAUAUAUUAUUAGACACGAAAAUGACAGCCAAAAUAGCUGAUUUUGGAUUGUCUAGAACUUUUGCAACUGAAAAUGAAUCUCAACCUUUUACCCGUCUAGCUGGUACACCAGGAUAUCUCGACCUUGGAACUAAAGGGUGUGGUAAUGUAAAUAAGCAAAGUGAUAUCUAUAGCCUUGGCAUUAUCUUGCUUGAGCUGGUCACUGGACAGCCUGCAAUAACAAGAACUUCUGGUGGGAAUUUUCACAUAUUAAACUGGGUGGAACCAAUGAUCCAAACAGGAGACAUUCAACAAAUUGUUGAUUUCAAGUUAGGAGGACAAUUCAACCACAAUUCAGCCUGGAAAAUCAUAGAACUUGCCAUGUCAUGCACUCAAUCAACUGUACUUCAAAGGCCAGACAUAAGUCAUGUUUUGGGAGAGCUUAAGGAGUGUCUACCAGUCCAUCAAAGCACUUCCCCACAAACUCGUAUCAUGUCUACAAGAAUUCUCUCUGAAUCGGAAAUAGCUCCUUCUCCAAGGUAGCCCACAUGCCUUAGAAACUAUGCUCAUCUUCCUUGCCAGUAUAGUUUAUCACCUUCAUGUCACUGUUCUGUACGACUAAGACUAAUGUGGAUUACUCGGAAAUUUCAUAUAAGUUGUUAAGAUGUAUGGCUAAUCUUCAACACGAUUUCUCUGCCUAAUCAAAUUUGGGAGUUGCGAUGUGUUAUAAA